CACACCAAACCUCCAUCGCCCGCCGUCGAUCAUAACUCAAAUUCCAAAAAGCCAACCAAGCGCAGCCAGCGCUGAGCUGCACCUCUUCGUAGCCCUCGGAUAAUCCUUCCCUCCCUCCAGCCAGCCUGUGCCCUUGCCCACCGCCCGUCCGUCCGCUCGACCCCUCCAUCCAUCAGCGCCCCCAUCCCCGCCCUUCCGCUGCGCCCUCCUUCCAUUCCUUCCACCAGCACCACCACCGCCGCCUCAGCCACUACCGCACAAAUACCAGCGCCUACUACUCUGACGUACAUUGCCAAACCUACAAAUAAAAUGACAUCCCCAUCCCCACGCGCCCCCUUCCCCCCCUCCCCCGACGGCGCAGCCGCGCCGGAGCUGCCCCACGCGCCAGCGCUGUCGUCGGCGAAUGCGCGGGCGCGGUUUGAGUUCGAGGCGGGGAGGGGGGCGGAGGGGAGUAAAGUGCUGAUGGUUGAGUGGAGUACUGCGCUAAAAGAGGAGGGAGGGGAGGAGGAGGAGGUAUGGGAGGUAAGCUGGGAAGGCAAAGCGCGGGGUGUCGUUUAUGGCAGCGGCAGCGCAACUGUAGAUGAGAGUGAGGCCGGGGGCGGGGUUGGCGAUUCGGCGGCCGGGGAGGGGGAGGUGGAGGUGGCGGGGAAACUUCAUACGCACCGAUUAUACUUCCUCCUCCCACCACAGACCCCGGUUCCACGACUUGUUAAUAUAUCCCGUCAAGGUGAUACGGCCGAGCCACUCCACACGAACCCUCUCCCAGCGAUCUUCCCACCCGAACUCGGUCUAUCGGCGCGCACGGCGGGGCGGAAGGGGGUAUUGCAUACGCGGUGGGCGAAGAGGAGGUUGGCGGCGCUGGAGGUGGAGAUUGAACGUGAAGGGGGGAGGGGGGAGGGCGUGGGCUGGGAGAUGGCUGUUAGGGAGAGGGUGUGGAUUGAGGAGAAUUUUGGGGUUGGGAAGGGGGUGGGGAAGGAUGGCAGUGCGAGCGGGAAGACGCCGGGGGGUCCGUUGGGGAGUGGAGGGAGGAUGGGGGGGUUGAAGGUUGGGACUAGUCCUGGGGAAUUGGGUGUUUAUGCCCCAGGACCCCUCAACCCCCUCUCCCCCGCUCCCUCCGACGUCGCCAUCGCCGCCCCCGCAUUCGCACUCUUCCACGCCCCCGCGCCCUCCUCUGCCCCAGAACAAUCCGUACAAACGACCUUACCUACACAAACGCAGACAAGGGGAGCACCAGCGAUAGUCUCGCAGCUCCCGCCCGUGUCUAUCGUCGCGCAGCAAGCUGAGACGGGGGAUGGGCAGUUGAUGAGCUCUCUGGAUGCGUUGGCAGCUGGUGGUACGGGCGGCGAGGGGGUAGGGGCUGGGGCGAGGUGGACGCCUGCGGAUGCUAAGUCGGCGGGUGGAGAUGUUGGGGAGGGUAAUGAUGGUGAGGAGGAUGCAGAGGGUGGGAAGGAUGAGUUAUUCGCCAUACCCCCGCGCGAGAGAGGGCCAGAGAUGGCGCGGAGUCCAUUUAGCCUCGUGAGCGAGGAGGUUGUGCCGUGGCGGUAACAUUAUGUUCGGGGAUUGCACCUUGGAUGUGGAGGGGCCAGGUGGAAAAGUGCACGCUCGCUAUAUACCCUUUCUGUUAAUCGAUAGUGGUGUUUCUCUUAUAGACCGAAAAAAAAAAUGUCCAGGGGUAAUAGUCCCUGAUUCAAGCUACUUGCAGGUUUAAGUAGGUGCGAAGGCUUCAUGUAGGAAGGAACGGCAUGUCACAAAUCCUUUGAAACUCUCAUGAUAUCAUGAUAUUCAAUGUCACAAGGCCUUCGAGCUCUCAUUUCAAACUGCGACCUGCCGCCCCGUCCCACCUGGGAUUGUACGCCAAACUCGCUCCUUCUGCUUCCCACCCCAGAUAAUAAAUCCCCUUCGCUCCUUCCCUUCCAAACCACCGCUCGCUCUAAAAGUACGAAUCCAAGUUGCCUCGUAGCCAUACAUUGUCCAACCCCCCCCCCCUUCCCCCAUUCCCGCAUUCCAAUUCUAUCCAUUUAAAAAAAAACAUAUACAAAAUCCAAAAAUCC